AUGAAGUUGACAAUCAAGGCCAUUUCAGAGAUCUAUCCAGAUCGUUCACUUGGAGAACUAAAGGAACUUAAUGCAUCGAAAAAGGAAAUUGAUACUGUUGAAGAUCUAUCAUCUUGCAAGCAACUUCGAAAAGUUAAUCUAUCUAAUAACCAAUUGACCGAUGAGCGAUCUUUGACUGGUUUAAGGAAUCUAGAAGAGUUGACACUGUUAAACCUUUCAUAUAAUCAAUUUAAAGAUUUUACAGGCUUUCAGCACUUUAAAAGAUUGAAUGUGUUGAACUUGAGCCAUAAUGAACUUGUUCAUAUGAGCCCUCACUUGAGAAAAUUAAAACAGCUAAAGGCGUUGAUUCUGAAUGAUAAUCAACUAUUGGAAAUUGAAAACAUUGAACCACUAUUAGAUCUUAAUACACUUGUUAUUUCUCAUAAUCAAUUGGAUACAAUUCCCAAAUUAUCCAGUCUUUUAAAGCUAACCAAACUAUCUGCUGCACAUAACAAGUUGAGCGACGUACCCGACCUAUCUUCCAAUACCGCCUUGAAAGAACUUCGACUGAAUGACAAUCAUAUCUCGCAUAUACCCGAAACAUUAAGAAACUGUACUUCACUAGAAAUCCUUGAUUUUGGUAAUAAUCAAAUCGCAGAAUGGACAGCCAUUGCUGCUUUAGGUUCACUUACAAAGCUACACAAUCUCAAUUUGAAGGGAAACCCAAUUGCUAACAAGAAGGAUUACUUUGAAAAGGUCCUUGAUCUUGUUCCUUCCUUACGUAUUCUCGAUGGUGAACGAUUUGAUCCCAAGUAUUUAGAACGAAAGAAGAAACAAAUGGAAAAUAAAAAUUUGGUUGAAAAGAAGCAAAGACUGAAAAGAAUAAAAGCACAAAAGGAAAAGAAGGAAAAGAAAGUACGAGGCGAAGACAUAGAAAAGAUCAAGAAGGUAGCUAAGAGAUCUAAGCCAAUGAAUGAAGAAGAAGCGUUGCCUGCAGCCAAGAAGAAGAAGACGACAGAAGAUCCAUUCUUUAUGGAGACAGAUGUACCACCUAAAGAUGAAAAGAAGAUAAAGAAGAAACAAGAGACGGCUAAGACUGUACAAAAGGUAAAAGAAACGAGUAAAGAAAAGACAAGAGAGGAAGACAAGAAGAAAGACGAAAAGAAGAAGGAUGAAGCCAAGGUUGAAGAAAAGAUGCCAGUUGUAGAGACUCCAAUAAGCAAGGUACAAACGGGUGUAGUGGGUAUUGUUGACAAGACAAAGAAGAAGAAGAAGGAGAAUAAAGAUAUCGUUGCUGCACUGGAGACAGAAGAGAAGAGUAGUACUGCAGAACAAAGUUCGGGCACCGGUUUAGAUGUUGGUGGUUGGGAUUAA